GGGCCACAACUAUAAACCUUCCCGUGCUCCCGACCCCAUCGCCGGCGAGGGCGAGCAGACACCACGCCGCCGCCGCCGGCGCACGCACCCCGACCUCCCUGACAGCUACCCGCCCGCUGCCCACUUCACCUAACUCCAAGCCCUCCUCCCAUGGACGUCCGCCGCAGGCCCGGAGCGGCGGCAGCCGAUAGGCCGACGAAGUCGCGGCCGGCUGCUGCUGCCGCCGCUGCGCCGGCCGCGGCGCCGGGAGACCUGGUGCUCCGGCCGCCGAACCUUCGCGUGGUCCUCGCGGCGAUGGCUCUCUUCCUCGCGCCCUUCUCGUACCUGGCGUUCGUGCACUACCCCCUGGAUGCCGAUCUGCGGCGAUCCAUCCUAAUCUGCGGGGCCAUUAGCCUCGGCGGCUUCUUCGUCGUGCUCCGCCUCAUCCCGGUCGCCGCCCGCUACCUCCUCCGCCGCGGGAUGUUCGGCAAGGACAUCAACAAGAAGGGCUUGCCCAUGGGAGAGAUCACAGUGCCUGAGUCACUAGGCAUUGUUGUUGGGAUUGUCUACUUGGUCAUUGCUAUUCUAUUUCAACAUUUCAACUUCACAGCGGAUUCCAUUUGGCUUGUUGAAUAUAAUGCAGCAUUAGCAUCAGUCUGCUUUAUGAUCCUUCUUGGAUUUAUUGAUGAUGUUCUUGAUAUUCCAUGGAGAGUGAAACUGCUGCUGCCUACGAUUGCAGCACUCCCUCUGCUUAUGGCAUAUGCUGGUGGUACUUCCAUCAUCAUUCCAAAGCCUCUAGCAUCCUAUGUCGGAGUAGAAGUUCUGGAGUUAGGUUGGAUGUACAAGCUCUUCAUGCUUUUGUUAGCAGUUUUUUGUACAAAUUCAAUCAACAUUCAUGCUGGGCUGAAUGGUCUUGAAGUUGGGCAGACAGUUGUCAUAUCUGCUGCGGUUUUGAUACAUAAUGUAAUGCGCAUAGGAUCUUCUAAAGACCUUGAAACUCAGCAAGCUCAUGCAUUCUCUAUUUAUCUUGUCCUGCCUUUCCUGACCACUUCAUUGGCUUUGCUGGGUUUUAACUGGUAUCCUUCAUCUGUUUUUGUUGGUGAUACAUACACCUAUUUUGCUGGGAUGACUUUAGCUGUGGUGGGUAUUUUGGGGCAUUUCAGUGAGACAUUAUUGCUGUUCUUUUUACCCCAGGUUCUUAAUUUCUUGUGCUCAGUACCACAGCUCUUCCACUUUGUUCCUUGCCCAAGACAUAGGUUGCCAAGGUUUGAUACUCAAACAGGACUGCUGACAGGUACCAAAGAUGGUAACCUUGUUAACAUAUUCCUUAGGUUGUUUGGGAAAUGCUCAGAGAAGUCCCUUUGCAUAAGGCUUCUUAUAUUUCAGGCUGUGUCAUGCCUAUUCUGCUUUUGGCUGAGAUACAUGCUUACUGGAUGGUACAAAUGAAUGAUCACCCGAAACAGAACAUCCCGUCGGUUUCCAUGAUACAGUCGAAAUCUAUUUGCAUCUGAUGGCUGAUGCUCUGUCAGAAUACCCGUAUACUAGCAGCAACCCUGAAAAAGGGGUCUAAUUCCAACAGGAGUAACUGACCCAAGAUACUAUUCAGAAUAUUGCAUGCUGUGUUGCCCCCCCCCCCCCCCCCUCUCAUCUAGUUCGUCUGUAGCCUUCGAUUUUGUUCCACCUUUCUUCGUGUGCUAACUACAGAAGGUUUUGUUUCGAGGUUUUGCCUUUUUCGUGCCAGUGAUCAUAGAGAAGUGAUAUAUCUGUAACCAUGUACAAUGACUUGUAUGGAAGUUCGCUUGCAUUAGUUGUGUGAAA